AUGGCUAAUGACGCCUUGCCUGAGACAGAAAGAGAGUGGAGACAAUCCGCAGGGAGACACAACGUGAAGAACCAAUCCCUGCAUAUGAAUGUAAAAUUGCAUUCAGCAUCCCAAGUCACCUACAAGCAGUAUCUCCUGUUCAGAACCGACCUCCCCUCCAUUGUUCCCCCACGGCAGCUCAAUUUCCAGAGCCUUGGCAUAGCACCUCUGAUGGCGCAAGCAAAUCUGCUCCUGAGUGAUGUCAGGUUUAGUGACUAUAUCUUAGAUGUCACCACCAGGCAGACGCAGCCGGUUUGGAAUCCACCUUGGGGAGGAAACGAAGGACUGUUCAGGGUUCCAGCUAUUCAGCAACAGCAAGUGAUUCGACACGAGGCUCAGAACAGUUCUGUUCGGAGUGCUGCCGAAGCCAGUGUCAACACUUCUAUCGUUUCCUUUUUGCAAGCCAUUGCGGAUCUGGUUCCUCAGUCUGGACGCCAAUGGACGGCUGAUAGAUCCAAGCUGACGGCAGACUUCAGCACACGGAGACGCAAAAGGCAAUUCGUCACAUAUACCGAUGGCCAGCUGGAGGAUACCUUCAGUCGUCGGAUUUUGGCACUCAUCAAGUGUAAACGAUCGCGGCGGGAGGACCAUUCCCCGGCGGUUGAUAUGCAGGAGGUCGCGCAGAUGGUGGCAUGGGUGAAGCAGCACCUCGGCGGACCAGGAAAUGAUAUGCGAGUCCUUGUGUCGCAGGACGGAACUGAUGUUUAUAUCUCAGUCUUUCAGUACGACCAGGGUUGGUUACGGUAUCUCAAUGGAGGUCCCGGGAGUAUCGCGCAUGCUGGAUUUGCCUACAUGCACAGGUAUGGCCCCUGGAACAUCCAGGAAGCAAUAGAGAUGGAGCAUUUUGCUCGAAUAAUCGUCGCCCUGCUACUUCUGUAG